CCAGCACUUAGCCUCCGGUCAGGUCAGUGACUGUUUUUUCCUUGUUUUUUUACGGCGAAUAUAACUCUCCCGCGGAAGUAUGGAGUUUACCUGCGCCGAGCUACCCAGCGACCUACAUAAGUAUUUCAAGAUCCUUGCGGAGGAUUACCGACGGGCUAGUAACUCGGAGGAUCAGCGCAGCGCCGUAGAGGUGGCAAUAGUGACGCUGGAGGACGAUGACACCGCGUUAGAUCACCCCAGCGUUCAUCGCCUCUACGAGCGACUGUGCGCGAAGUUUGACGAGUUAAGCGACGCGCUCUGUACCACGCCAGCGCCAGUCGCACCGCCGAUGGUUUCGGUUUCCUCCUCCCCGCCCCGUCGGAUCGUCGUGCCUGCACCAACCUGCCCAGCUCCAUGGUUGUUUCCCUGGGAGGAUUUCCUGCUCUCACGCGGCCCUCAGUCUCCAGUUCAGCCGCGCGCUGCUCAGUCUCCAGUUCAGCCGCGCGCUGCUCAGUCUCCAGUUCAGCCGCGCGCUGCUCAGUCUCCAGUUCAGCCGCGCGCUGCUCAGACCCCAGUUCAGCCGCGCGUUGCCCAGACCCCAGUUCAGCCGUGUGUUACUCAUGCCCCGGUGCAGCCCUGUCGUCUCCAGGCUCCAGCCCAGUCGAACCUAGUCCAGACCCCAGAUCAGCCGUGUGUCGCCCAGACCCCAGAUCAGCCGUGUGUCGCCCAGACCCCAGAUCAGCCGUGUGUCGCCCAGACCCCAGAUCAGCCGUGUGUCGCCCAGACCCCAGAUCAGCCGUGUGUCGCCCAGACCCCAGAUCAGCCGUGUGUCGCCCAGACCCCAGAUCAGCCGUGUGUCGCCCAGACCCCAGAUCAGCCGUGUCGCCUGCCCAGACCCCAGAUCAGCCGUGUGUCGCCCAGACCCCAGAUCAGCCGUGUGUCGCCCAGACCCCAGAUCAGCCGUGUGCUGCCCAGACCCCAGUUCAGUCGUGUGUUGCCCAGACCCCAGUUCCGUCCUUGUCCCCGUCAGAGGGCACCGUCCGUCUGACGACUGUUAGCCCCACCCAAUCAGGCCCGACGUCUUCCCCGUCGAGCUCGGCAGCUGUAAGCUGUCAUGCCAGCUCCGGAGUUGACGCCGUUCCAGUCCCUGUCGGCCAUGUUGCGGCCGUUCCAGUCCCUGUCGGCCAUGUUGCGGCCGUUCCAGUC